GCCUUCGCCUUCCAUCGGCUUCGUCGGACUCGGAGACGACAGGCUUCUGCGACCAUGGAGAAGGCGAGACGGCGGCACGUGCCGGCGUUCGGGGAGUGGAACUACUCCUCCUCCUCCUCCUCCUCGACGACGUCCUCCCCAGUCGACGAGCCGCCGCCGCCGCACUCGGGCGCCGCGGCGGCCGAGUCGUCCUGGUGGUGGUACGCGCCGGAGCCUGAGGCCUGCAGCGACGCCUGGUUCAGGUACUCCCCGGCGCCCCCGUGUCGCCGUAGGCCGCCGGCGCCUAAGAAGGCGCGGAGGCCGGAGACUGCGGGCGGCGGAGUCGUCGUCGUCGCGGGAGCUGCGGAGCACAAGAGGGCGGUGCCGGUGCCGGUGCCGGCCAAGGGCGCCGGCCGCAGGGUGGUGGUGGUGAGGCCCGUCGACGAGGACCUGUACCGUGUGCCGCCGCCGGACGACGACGAUGCUGCUGUCCCCCGCCUUCUGAGGGGCCCGAAGAAGAGGGCGGCGACGGCGAGGAGGAGCUUGUGGAUGGGUUGCUUGGGCCUCAACUGCGUCGCCUGAAGCAACCUGCUUCUACCUAGCUAGGAGGAGCUCUGCCAAUGCAUGCGGCGGCUACCUGGAUGUAUGACCUGAUACUGAUGUAUGGCGUAUGGAAGUAGGAGUAGUAGCUAGUACGUAGUGGUAGAGUGGUCUUUAAUUAAAUUUUUCAUGUUUGCUUCCUCUCGUGUUCGUUGUUACGUGGCAGAGCUCCCUGCUGCAUGGCUCAGGCUUGUCGCAAGGACGACUGGUGAAAUUUAUCAACUAUUCAACAGUA